UUGAGCGCUGCGGAGACCCGAGAAGAACAGGAGAAACUCGUUCAAUUCCUCGCUCGCACCUCAACUGCAACUGUGAAGAAGUAGAAGCCAUUGAUUUGAACUAUCCAAUACUUCUGCAAACAACAAUGAAGAUUAUGGUGGCGAUAAAGCGAGUCGUCGACUACGCCGUCAAGAUCAGAGUCAAACCCGACAAGACCGGUGUCGAGACGGCCAACGUGAAGAUGUCGAUGAACCCCUUCUGCGAAAUCGCCCUGGAAGAGGCGCUCCGAAUUCGGGAGGCGGGUCUAGCGUCGGAGGUGGUCGCCGUCAGCAUGGGCCCCCGGCAGUGCGCUGACACCCUCCGUACGGGCCUCGCCAUGGGCGCCGACCGGGGAAUUCACGUCGAUUCGCCGGAUGCCCUUUACCCGCUUUCCGUCGCGAAGCUGCUUAAAGCGCUGGUUGAUGUCGAGAAGCCUCAGCUUCUGAUUCUCGGGAAACAGGCGAUCGAUGAUGAUUGCAAUCAAACAGGCCAAAUGGUAUCAGGGCUUCUCAAUUGGCCCCAAGCAACCUUUGCUUCCAAAGUUGUACUGGACAAACAAAAUCAAGCAGUGACAGUGGACAGAGAGGUGGACGGUGGCCUGGAGACGUUGUGCUUGGACUUGCCUGCAGUAAUCACCACUGAUUUGAGACUAAACCAGCCAAGGUAUGCAACCCUCCCCAACAUAAUGAAGGCAAAAUCUAAAGUCAUCAAGAAAUACACUCCGCAGGAGCUGAAUGUGCAGAUAAAACCGGACCUGGAGAUCGUUCAAGUCACAGAACCACCAAAGAGAAAAGCGGGGGUUAUUGUCUCUUCUGUGGACGAGCUGAUUGAAAAGCUUAAGAACGAAGCGCGCGUCUUAUGAGUACUUUCAGGGUCUUUCUGGUUGAAAGUGAAUCUCUUUACGAAUCAGCAUAAUCGCAUAAAUCUUAGAUGCUUAUUGUACAAUUGAGAUAUCUGCAGUGUAAGUUUAUGACUGAUCUGAUUCCCUUGUUUGUAGAACUCCAAUUUGUCUAUUCUCUACAAGUUCUCUUUUACUGUGAAUACGAAUUAGGCUUCUCUCAA